AUGCUACAGGCAAUACCAGUUAUAUACAGGCUGCUCGAUAAUUGGAGGCUAGAAGCUGUCAGUCUAAAACUGUGGCUUUCAAAGGAUACCGCUAUUCCCAAAAAAGGCUUCAAGGAAGCUGUGACUAAGCAGAAACAGGAAAGAUGCUGCAAGGAAAGCUCCUCGAAUCACAUUCACAAAAUGCUGAGGCAGGUCCACCCCGACCCUGGCAUCUCGUCCAAGGCCGUGGGCAUCGUGAACUCGUUCGUCAACGACAUCUUCGAGCGCAUCGCAGGCGAGGCGUCGUGCCUGGCGCGUCGCAACAAGCUCGGCCAUCCCCUCCAGGGAGACCCGACGGCCGUGCGCCCGCUGCUGCCCGGGGAGCUGGCCAAGCCCGUGUCCGAGGGCACCAAGGCCGUCACCAAGUACACCAGCACCGAGUAA